UGAAUUUCGAGUAUAGUCUGAAAGCCGACCUGCUCCAUGUGAACAAUCGCAACCUGGCACCUGAGCCUGUUAGCCGUACCCAGCCUGAGAACCCUACCGGCACUGACAACCCUACCGACACGGACAACCCUACCGACACGGACAACCCUACCGACACGGACAACCCUAUUGUCGCUAGGGUUGUCCGCGACACUGACAACCCUACCAACACUGACAACCCUACCGACACGGACAACCCUAUUGGCGCUAGGGUUGUCCGCGACACUGACAACCCUACCGAUACUGACAACCCUACCGACACGGACAACCCUACCAGCACUGGAAACCCUACCGGCACUGACAACCCUACCGACACUGGAAACCCUACCGACACUGGGAACCCUACCGGCACUGGGAACCCUACCGGCACUGACAAACCUACCAGCACUGGGAACCCUACCGGCACUGACAACCCUACCGGAACUGACAACCCUACCGGCACUGGGAACCCUGCCGACACUGGGAACCGUGCUGAGACUGACAACCCUACCGAGGCAGAGACCCCUACUCGGAUUGAGAACCACAUCCGACCCGUCAUCAGCUUUAAUGGAUCUGUAGAACAGAUCGUCGACUUGGAGGAAAAGAAGGAGCAGCUGGUUGCCUCUGUCGUCAUCCAUUUCACAUGGCAGGACAGCCGGUUGAGCUGGGAUCCAAAGUACUACGACAACAUCGAGACUAUCAGCGUCCCUGGCAGCAGCAUCUGGACCCCUACACUUACUCUGAAGGGGAAUGCUAAUCCUUUAUACCAAGGCCUACCAAAAAUCGUACCGGUCUUGAUCAGUAGCAAUGGCCAGGUAAUCUGGAGGGUAGAAACCCUGACCACCACCGUGUGUGAUGCGGACCCCUUCUACUUCCCUGCAGACACCAUGGAAUGCAACAUCUGCUUUGCUGCAUUUUCUGCAACCAUCGAAUGCCAAGAUGGCAGUCCCUGUGGUGUCCUGUCUAACCAACAACUGGAGGGCGAAUGGUAUCGGAAGGACAUGAUCUUCGCAAAAGGCAAGACGGAGGCGUGCUUCACUGUUCAGCUGGAGAGGAUCCCGCUGUUCCACAUCGCCACUACUGUUGGACCCUGUGUCAUCCUGGUGGCGCUGAUGGUCAUCACAUUCGUCAUGCCACUGGACAGGGGGGAUCGGAUCUCGUUCGGAGUGACUAUUCAACUCUCCGUGGUCGUGUCUCUCGUGUUCGUGACGGAUGUGCUUCCUGUCAAGGGGGCGCUGCCAUUUUUCGCCUCGCUGAUCGUCGUGUGCAUGGCGCUGAUGGGACUUUUCCUCUUCUUCACCAUGGCCAUCAUCACCAUUCAUGACAGGCAGGGGAGCCUGUCUCCAACGGCGAAGACCUUCUUUCUCCGUUACAUGGCAAAGUGCCUACUGCUCGGAGAUCUGACAGAGAAGAAGGUCGCAAGCGACGAUGGGGAGACUGGACCCAGCAGCAGGAAGCUGGCCUGGCCUGAGCGGACCAACCGCGUCUCCCCUGCCGAUGCCCCGGCCGUGGUCGACGUGCAAAGCCCGGCUGUUGUCCGCGAGACUGCCCGUCAGCCGUCCGCGCCGCCCACGCGCCUGGAGGCCGCAGUCUCACGCCUGGAGGUUGCCGUGUCCUCCGCCUCCCGUAACAUGGAGGAGCUGGUCGAGGCCAUGAAGAACGAGCAGGAGGUGUCUGACUACACCCUGCUGGCUAAGGUCCUGGACAGGCUCUGCCUUGUCAUGUACGUCAUCAGCAUUGCCGUGGCCGUGCCCAUGACCAUGUAUCUGGGCAAGUAAAUUACACUUGUGUAAACGUGCCUUAACACAACC